CAAAACCUAGCUAGCCUCUCGACCCUCUCUCUCUCUCUCAAUUAGAUUUAGAUUGCUAUCCUUCAUCGUCCUCCUCCGCCUAAAAUUGUCUGCGGUGCCCCUAAUUCACUUUUUCUCUCCUCCAUCUCUCUUUGAAAAAUUGGGAUCAUGUUUUUUGCUGAAUCCCCAAAUUGUGCUAAAGAGAUUGGCAGUGGUUUGGGUUCGGCAAACUAAAGACCAUCUCGCUUCAAUUUGUCAUCAGUCCCUUCAAUUUCAAGUCCUUCAGCUCCAUCAGUCCAUCGUUUCCUUCUCUCUUUCACCGGUUAUUCUCUUAGCUAAGCCUUCCUCUCGCAAGGACGCGAACAAUCUUAGACACGCUCUCAAAUACUCGGCUCAGAUGCUCUUCGAGCUCCGAAUCUCGAGGCUCUCUCCCUCACUCCUCUAUUCUGUUCGCGAAUCAUGGUGGGUCGAGCCCUGAAUUCCGACCACCUUGGACAGCCCAUACGAGCCGGUGACCGUGUCACUAGACCUCAAUUUGCUGGACAGAGAUCCCAGAGUUAGCCGCUGUGUUAUGGGCUUCGAGCUGAGCAAAUUACGAUUUGGUUUCGAUAUCCUGGAUUAUAGGUUUGUUUUUGGACCAUAUAGAGGAAGCUGAGAAAUCGUUUGUUGCGAAGCUGAGGUAUGCACCAACACAUGAGUCUGAAGAUUUAUUUCUUUAUUUAUUUUGAUUCAUGUGUCUGUUUGUCUGUUUGAGAUUUCAUCAGAAAAGGAUUUCUAGGGAUUUAUCUUUUUGUUUAAUAUUCUGUUAUAUCUUUGUACCGUUUGUGAACUGGGUCUUAUGUCUUUGAAGAUUUGUGACUGGAUUUCUUCUAUUUGAAUUCAAAUGUCUCUCUAUUUGAUUUUUUUUUCAUUCUUCUGUUGCAAUUGUAUAUAUUAAUGAGACAUUAUUGUAAUACGGACUAGUUUGAAUUAUAUAUUGGUGGUUGAAAGGCCCCUUGAUAAGCCUUGUGGUUGCAUUCUAGACUUGGCUGAAUCUAAUUGCUGACUUGGUAAGCAAUUUUCCUAAAUGUAUGUUCUGAGUUCUCUACAAUGAUUCUGAAGAGCCUUGGUUGACUAUAUUCUCUUAACUUGAGCCAACUCUUUUGAUCAUGAUUAAUACAUUUCCCCCCUGGUCUGGCUGUAUUAGUUGUAUCCUCACCAUGACUCGAUUUUGACAUAUAUGCGAGCGUUCAAUGAGUUGAGGAAGCUGGAAAUGUUCUUCAAGGAUGAGAGCAGGCAUGGCGUUUCGAUCAUUGAUCUGUACAACCUUGUUCAGCAUGCUGGCAACAUCCUACCAAGAUUGAAAGUGAAGGUACCUUUCAGUAUAGUCCCUAUCGUAUAGAGGACGAUGACUUGCAUGCUGUAGUCCAACAAUUCUCUGGAGCAAAUCGUGUACCAAGUGCAAUCAUUGGGCACAGUAAAGGUGGAUCCUUUUGACGUUUUUGAUGCCUACUUUGGGGGAAGGGGUGAAUCAAGAGGCAUGAGCUUCAAUUCAUUAACUCAGGAAAUCAGGGCCUUGACAUUCGGUAUGAACUGCAACUGAGCUUUGAAGAAUCCAUAUUUGGAGGACAAAAACUAAGAGAACACCAUUUGGCAUGACAUCCAUGAUUGUUAACGUUUAAAGUUCAGCGGUAGCUAAACCUUUGAUAACGCUGGUCCGAUGGGCGGACCGAUACUUGUGAUGUUCUCAAAGUUUUCGCUACCUGUCAAGUAAAAUACAGAGGGCCUCAAAGGGAGACCGCGUUGGGCGGUCUUCUCUUCUCUGAUGCCUAAGUUAGUCAAUGUAUUUAUGUUGACAAAGUAACAGUAGGUAAGUAUUGAAUGAGUAAUUAAUGAGGAGAGAAGAGAGAACCUUUUAUAGGUGAAGAAGGAGCUGAUCUUCUUCAUGUUUUCGAUGUGGGACUGACAUGCUUCAGUCCCAGCUUCUGGAGCUUCUGAUGCUGUUUUGGCGCUGCGCAUGGCUGUGCGUCAGCGGUGAUCUGGGGGUAAGCCGGGGCUCAGGCGGUAGCCCGCAUGGCUGUGUACCCGUAGGUCACUCCUUUGGCGGGAGUUGGUACCGCUGGCGGUAGCAUGAGUGUGGCUCAUUAUAGCUAAUUAUGCUUGCAAAUGCCUAUGUAAGUACAAGUCCCCCAAGUCCCCAGUCAAGGAGGGCAAUCUUGGUUGGGGAGUUGCCUAGCGGUUCGAAGCGUCGCUUCCGCCAGUCUUUGGCAAAGCAUAAUUAGCGUCAGUGCAUUGUGAACCAUGGACUUAUUGAACGAACGCUUUGUACCCUUUCGGGUGGGCCUCUGCUAGGCCCCCCAGGGAGUCCCCCACUCCCCAGUUAAGUCGGUAUAUUGUUUGUUGCGGGGAGCUGCGCUGAGCAGAGGGUGUUGGGUAGCGAACCCAAUCUUUGAUACCCAAGUGACGGGGGUCAACAUGCCUGAUCAGGGCCGUCGAAGAUUGUUGACGUGUCCCCCUACCUGUCCCGGAGGACCAUGUUUUGACUGCAACGCCGCAUUGCGGUCGUUGUCAAAGUGAGGCGUUGCCUCGGAAAUCGCCGUUGGCAGAAGUCCCUCCGCUGAUGAUAAGUGACAUGCGAUGUUGCGAGGGCUCGCCAUUGGCGGUAGCCUGGUAAAUGGCGUAGCAAUCAGCGGUGACGGUCUUGUCUCCAAUGUGCCGAGGGAGAAGUCUUGCUAGCGGAGUUGCACUUAGCGGAGACUAUCUCGCUUGCAAGAUGAAAGUGAGAAGUUCCGCUAGCGGAGUUGCGCCGAGCGGAGACUUCGUCGAUUGGUAGUCUUCCUCUUCCAUGGUUGCUUCGAGUGGAUGUUUCUUGUGACUGCCCGACACGUGGUCGUCACCGAUUGGGUUAGCAUGCGAGAUAACGUCUCUUCAGCACGCCCGUCUGCUCGCCAUUAAUGCGAGUAAUUAUUGAUUUUGUAACCGAGGCGUUGCCUCGGUUAAUCCGGAGAGUAAGUGCGUUUGUGGGACACGUGUAUGGUUGUAGUGCGAUGUCAUUUUUUAGUGGACGGCCUAGAUUAGUUUGAUGUUGACAUAAAAGAGAGGGAAAUCUGGAGGGUUUGACACUUUGUACUUUUUACCUAGUAUCGUCGUCUUCAAGCUUCUCGUGUUCACAUAAGAAGAGUGCGACGAUUCCUUGAAGUUAUCGGCGUUCGAAGCACGAAGAUCUCCUGUCGUGAAGACAAGCGCCCUCGAUAGUACCAAGGCUUUCACCUUUGAGGUUGGUAUUUUGAAUCUCAUCCCUGUUUUAUUGGAUUCCUGCGUUAUUUGCUUCUGUCGGUUUCUGGGUUUUUGAUUUGGGUUGCUCUGUUCUUCUCCGGCGUGUUCUGAGGGUGUAAAGCGAGUUUUGGGGGUGGGUUUUGGUGUUUGAUAGCACGUUGGGGUUUAGGGAUUUGCUAGAUGGUCGAAUCUGGGCUGAGUGUAUGGGGUUCGUUUUGUUCUUGUUUUGGCGUUUUCUGGGAAAUUGUUCUUGAUGUUCUUGGAUGCUACUGACAUAGGGAUAGUUUAUAUCCUGUGUGAACUGACUGGUUUGGGUUUUAGGGUUUGGGAUGGCUAGCGUCGUAGAGAUCUCGAGCAGUGAGGAUUCCGGGUCUGACGUGUCGCUCAACGUGGCGGAUAGGGUGUUUAUUGACUCUUUGCGUCCGUCUGCCCCUGCAGGAACCUCACUGUCCGAACCGCUAGACAUCAUGCCGCUGCAAACCAUACCUUGGGAAGUUGCCAUGGGUCGUGCUGGUCGUCCUGAGAGUUCUAAGGCGGGAGGAGAGGCUGGCGAGUAAUAGCGCCGCUAGCGGCUCCGCUGAUGGGGUGGGAGAGGCUGGCGGGGAAGAGGUUGAGUCGGCAUGGUUUCUUAGCGAUGGUACGGCGGUUGACGAGGCGGGAGGACCGAUGGCGGUGGCCGCCGUCAACCGAGUGAAGCGGGCGUUCCGCCUGCCAGGUCUAGUGAAGCUGCGACCGCCGCUUAAGGAUGAGAGAUUGUCGUUCCUGCCAGCGGGGCACGCCGCCGUGCACGAGGCGAUCUUCUGCCAGGGAGUGACAUUCCUGCUACUGCCAAACCUCCAGAUCCUUGUUUGCGAGUUCGGCCUCACCUUUAGGCAAAUUUGCCCUAACAUGUGGCGUCUGUCAGGUUGCGAGGGUCCAACCGUGGCGGAGGUGCUGUACUUCUACAAGUUGGUGUACGUGAAGCGCCAAGGAUGUAGCGGGCAAGUGAAUCUGACUCGUCACCAGGGGGCGCCCAAACUAAUCGAGAACUUGAAAGACUCUAUGUCACCCUGGCUGGGGACCUUCUGUGUUGCCACCGCCAGAUGGGAGUAUCAGGCGGGGUCGAAUGAGGAGGAGCCGACAUUUAGGAUUAAGUCGGAAUUCCAACCUAUCCGAGCGGGUCUGCGCUACAACCUAACCCGUGAAGAGGAGUGCCGCGUAGCAAGGAUUCGAGGCUGUUGGCAGAACCGCAACUUGUUGGAUCUUCGCCUACUAACCGGGUGGGAGCUAUUGGUCGAUCAACAGUUGACACGAGCCCUCGAAUCUCUGCAGGGAAACAGAGCGAGCCGUGAGGCGUUCGAGAAAGCCAUGGAUCGUGCCGAGAUCAAGAACUUCCUGGAGAGCAUGUAUGCCUCUGGGGUGGCGGCCCAGAAGACCGUCGUUGAUCCCGAGACACUGGCGCUAAGCCAGUCUGAGGCUGCCGUGGUGCUACCGAUGCCGCAUCACUCUCAUCUUGGCGCCGAUGGGUCGCCCGUCGUUCAGGAGGGAACUGGCGUGGGCCGUGGGGCUUCCGGAUGGAGUAAGGCGCCUGCUGCAACUGUGCAGCAAAAGGAGAGACAGCCCGCCAACUGUCUUGGGCCGCAGAAGGAGAAAGUCACUGUUGCGGUGCUGGAGCCGCAGCGGGGAGCGAGGCCUGCCACCGCUGGAUCCACACGGGUGGUGCUUCAGAGGAAGCGUCGCCAAAAUGACUCCGAUGGAGAGGAGGAGACGGAUGACGCGGAGACCAUUGGGGCUCGCCAGCAGAAGAGGGUAAGACAGGCUCCGCCCAAGGAGUCUGUGGUUGCUGAGGGAGAGGUGCAAGCGAGCGACCUGGACUCAUUUGCCGCGUAUGUAGAGUUCCUGACUGAUCAUGAGCGGGGAUUUCUUUAUCACCUCUGCGAGCGGCUCGGGUUUGGCGGCCUAGAGGGGAUUGUGCGCUCAACCGCCAUUGAUCAAUCGCCCUUCAGCUCAGCCUUUGGACAUCUCUCGGUUGAGUCUCAAUGAUAGUCAUCUUAUCAACCUUUGGAGCAUGCUUAUCAGACUCAACCAAUAAAGCAUGUACCGUUGUGUCAUGACCAACCCCGUCAUUACUCUCACCGACAUCCGAAGGAUGAUUCUGCUCCUAAAAAAAAAAAAGAGGGAGGAAAUCAUAAGAAAAGGAAAAUAUGUGAUCCUGUGAAAUAUUACAUGCUUUUCACAGUUCGCAUUAUCAAAGGGGCAAAACUCACUAUCAUAUAACAGCGGCAGUACCAAGUGCAGUAUUACCACAAACUAUGGUGGCUGGGAAAGCAUAAAGUCAGUACACAUAAAUAUUUCAACGUCAUGCUGCAUUAUCGUAAAAAAAUAAAAUCUGUCCGCGAUGCUCAAACACACUUUGCAAGCAGGACCAAGAAAUCAAAAUAGACACAAAAACAGACGCACGAGUAAUGCAACAUACCUCAAGAGAAGAAAGCGAUUAUUCCCUAAUCUGUUACUCCAAGCAAAUAACCAGAAUCAUAGCAAAAGGUGCAUCUCAUUCCAAUUUUGCUCUCUUUCAUUUCUAUUUUGUUACACAUGAGUUAUUUUACCUGAGAACUUGCUUCAUCAUAACUCAUCUUACUUGCAAAUUUAUUCGUUCACGCUAUUUAGUACUCAUGGUUUUUCAAAACACACUUUAUUUCUUUUUUUCUUUUUUUUCCCACGCUAAAGUAUUACUCCUGCUGCUGUUCCCAGCAGCAAAUCAUCUCUCUCAUCUUUCAAUUAUCAAAUCAUUUGUUUCCUUCUAUUCUUUUCAUCACUCUUAUUUCUUUUUUUUUUCACACAAUGUUGCAGGCAUUUUAUCACCAUUCUUAACACAAAAGUCAUGCACUAUAUGACACACACUUCAAAUAACUAAUACAGACGUUAUCAAUUUAUAUGUUACAUUUCAUUUAGUUUUACUUCUGUCAAUUAUUUGAUUACAUGAUUUUCUUUGUCCCACGACUUAGCAAGCAAACGCAACACUUUGACUUUUCAGCUAUAGUAAUUAAACAUUGAUUUCAAAUCACCGUGCAUCUUGUCCUCUCAAAUACUCAUUUGUUAUUUAGCAAACGUAAUAUGCAUACUACAACCACCUAAUGCUUAUAUCCAUUAAACCAAUACACAUACGCACACAUGCCUCAUUAAUUUUAACACAUCAGCUUAUUUAGCUAUCUAAUCUCUAUGUCAUUACUCAUUUAACUACUCUUUCAUACUUUUAUCAUAAACUAAGGAUCUAAUGAACAUGCAUGAAAGUAUUUUAAACACAUGGCAGCAAGCAAAUAAAAGACUAAGGGCUCCAACUCAAAAGCACAUCAUCACGCCAAUGCAAAAAAAAAAAAUCCAAGCUUUCGGUUUCGAAUAAACAAGCUACCUGAUCAUUAUUUUCAUCCUCACUUGGGCUCUGCUGCAAAGGCUCGAACGCCGCGUCAACCUAAGAAGAAUAUACUUUGUGAGCCAAAGAAUCUCCGUGCAUGUGACACAUAUAAAGAGGAAAAAGAAUAGCUGGGACAUACCUUAUUGUCAUUGCUCACACCGCUGUUUUCGAUAACCUACGAAGAAGUAACAUCAUCAAAUUUACAAAAAAAAAAAAGGAGUGAAAGAAGAAUCUUUACGAUAUAAAAAAAGAAAGCAGCAGGUGAGCAAUAAGGAUGAUACACACUUGGUUAUCACCACUGCUCA